AUGACCGCCCCCGACGACUCCCUCCAGGCACGUGUGUCCUCGGACUGCCCCUCCACCGCCCAGGAGAUUCUGUACCACGCCUGGGCCCGCGACCUAAGCGGGCUAAAACCCCUUCUCAACGUACCCGGUCACGCGAGCAGCCAGGACCCGACCACCGGAGAGACGCCCCUCCAUGCCGCCAUCCGAUCCUGUGGCCCUGCCGACCCCGCCGCCGAUGCGGAUGAUGCCGAGGAGCCCGACGGCGCCGUCCAAGAGGCCAUCGAUGUCGUCCGCGAAUUGUUCUUUUCCGGCGCCAUAUGGAACGACGUUGAUAAUAACAACGAGACCCCCGGCUGCGUAGCCGCCCGCCUCGGCCAGUCCCAAUUAUACAAGCUCUGCGUCGAGGCCGGCGUGCGGGCCGAGAUGCUGUUUGGUCUCCUAGGCGGCUACGACGAACUAUCUUCCGGGGGCGAUGAGGACGAAGACGUCGACCUUGAAGACGCUGCCCCGGCUACCACCGCUGAUGGCGAGAAUGGCGAAAACGGCGACCAACAGACCGAGGCCCAGGAUUCCGUCGAGGCCCAGGCUGUCGAAUCCUCCGAGCCGGAGCCCGAAAAGCGCUUCCAGCCCCCAGAGACGGACGAAAAGGAAAUCAAAAGCGAAGAAUACCUCCGCUCCAAGCUCACCUACUCGGACGGAAAGCUCGUCGAUGACGAAGGCAACGGCGUCAUGAUGGCCUGGGAGACCGACAUCAUGCGCCGCAGCGUCGACGCGCUGCUCCCCGGACUCGAGCCCGGCAAGCGCAUCCUCAACGUCGGCCUCGGCAUGGGCAUCAUCGACUCCAUGUUUGUCGACGCCAAGCCCGCCGUGCACCACAUCAUCGAGGCCCAUCCCGCCGUGCUCGAGCACCUCUCCAAGCCCGGUGCCAAGUUUGGCGCCGAGUGGGAGCGCAGCGGGCCCGAGGACGGCGCCUUCAAGGUUCACGCCGGCCGCUGGCAGGACGUCCUCCCCACCCUGCUAGAGAAGGGCGAGACGUACGAUGCCAUCUACUUUGACACCUUUGGCGAGGACUACUCGCAGCUCCGUUCCUUCUUCAGCGACUUCAUUCCCGGGCUGCUCGACUACGAAGGCCGCUUCGGCUUCUUCAACGGGCUUGGUGCCGAUCGAAAGAUCUGCUACGACGUGUACUCCGCCGUCGUCGAGAUGCACCUGUCCGAGGCCGGCUUGGACCUGGAGUGGGAUGUGAUUGACGUGGAUAUGAAAGGUCUCGAGGAAUCAGGAAAAGGUGAGUGGGAAGGGGUUAGGAGACGGUAUUGGACCCUCGAUAGUAAGUUGACCCUUCCGCUUUAUUCCAAAUCAACCUUUUGCUACAUGCGCAACGCUCCUGACACAACUACAGAAUACCGACUUCCAAUCUGUACAUUCAUGGGCUAG